ACCCCUCCAAGCGAAGACUCCAUUUUACUGACAUUCCUUACGAAAUAUCUCUACGAAAAUUGAACUCAAAACAUAUAUUGGACGAUUGAUAAACUUAGAAACACGUUUUCCCACAGUGAAGUGUUUGUUGAUUGUAAAUUUUACAAAAAAAAAAACGAAGGAUCUCCGCGCGUGCGUUCGUAAUUACGUAAUAUUUUUUUAUUCGUACGUCCUCUGAUCUUGAAGAAUUUCUAUAGUUAUACGGUGAGGUGCGUGUGGAGACGAGUGAUGUCCUGGGGUGCGCGCUAGAUGCUCUCGGGGGCGAUCCUGUGCGCAGCGCCGGCGUCCUUGCGCGGGCUGGCCCCCGGGCUGCCAGCGGCGCGCCCGGCCCUCCUCGCCGCCCUCGUCAUGCACGCGCUACACGACCAUCGCAUCGACGAUGACUCCAGCUUCGUAGAGAAUGGUCUGCUUUCAUACGAGAAUCCGAACUACCACUUGGACCCGUCCCGAAUCGAAUCCGCGAUAUACACCGACCUGUACGACAUGCACGACGGCAAAACCACGCCCGACGAUUACGACAACUACCUGGACAACAGACGAGUUGAAGACGAGGCUUCGUCGCCACUAAACAAGACAAAUGAAAAGAACGGCUUCAUAACGCCCCCACAACAGAAUGGUGGUGACGACUCCCCUCCUCCGGAGAAGGAGAGGGCUGACCAGGAAGAUACGGAGAAGAGUCACGCGGCACCCGUUCCCCACUCGGCUGAAGGACCCAAUGAUGAUCUGUACGCGAUACCAGUGAAGCUCAGACCGAAGAAAGAACCUCAGCUACCACCAGGAUGGGAAAAACACGAGGAUAACGACGGCCCAUACUAUUGGCACAUAAAGAGCGGCACAAUUCAAAGAGAGAUUCCCAAAAUGCCCCCCAUUGAAGCUAGGGAAUCCCGUAUUUCCAUGGUCAGAGACUGCUCGAAUCUCUCCGAAGUCAGCAAAUAUGAGGGUGCAGUGAUGACCUCGUCUGUGACCAGGAGUACAACAAGUGGAGCUCUCGACCAUGUCGAUCAAGAAGCUGAGAGGAAACGAAAAGAGGAGAUUUCUUACAAACGCCGCAGUUACCCAGCCCGUCCAGAACCAGACAACGGGCGUGCUGUACGAUUCUUCGUUCGUUCCCUCGGCUGGGUCGAGAUCUCAGAGUCGGAUCUGACCCCAGAACGAUCCAGUAGAGCAGUCAACAAAUGCAUCGUGGACCUCAGCUUGGGUCGAAAUGAUCUUUUAGAUCAAGUUGGUCGUUGGGGCGAUGGUAAGGAUCUGUUCAUGGAUCUAGAUGAUGGCGCCUUGAAACUGAUAGAUCCAGAGAGCCUGAACACACUUCACACACAGCCCAUUCACACUAUACGUGUUUGGGGAGUUGGAAGGGAUAAUGGACGAGAUUUUGCAUAUGUGGCUCGGGAUCGCGCUACUCGCAAGCACAUGUGCCACGUGUUCCGAUGCGAGGCUCCUGCCCGUACCAUAGCCAAUGCACUCCGGGACAUAUGCAAGCGCAUCAUGAUUGAACGCUCCUUACAACCGCCGCCGCGUCCCACUGACUUACCCUCAACCAGGCGUCCUCGUCCAUUAUCAGUGGGCUGUGCGUUCCCGACUCCUAUGGAAGAGCCUCGCAAGACCGUCCGAGCGUUAUACCUGGGCAGCGCCGAGGUGUCCCGGGCUACCGGCAUGCGCGUGCUGAAUGAUGCCCUAGAGCGGUUGGCCGCGGCGCGACCUCCGUCCGCGUGGCGCCCCGUGCACGUCGCCGUGGCUCCUUCCAUGAUCACCAUCACCGAGGAGGGGGAAACGACUCCGAUAGUGGAGUGCCGCGUCCGGUACCUGUCGUUCCUGGGCAUAGGGCGCGACGUCCGCCGCUGCGCCUUCAUCGUGCACACCGCCCAGGAGUUGUUCGUCGCGCACGCCUUCCACACCGAGCCCUCGUCGGGCGCGCUCUGCAAGACCAUCGAGGCCGCCUGCAAGCUCCGGUACCAGAAGUGUCUGGACGCGCACGGCGGGGCGGCGGCGGCGGGGGCAGGCGGCGCGGCGGGGGGCGAGGGGCGCGCGUCGCUCGGCCAGGCCCUCAAGUCUCUGGUGGGCUCGCUCACGGGCCGCCGCUCCUCCUGAGCGUCGCCGGACCUGCUGCCGUCGACAUCCGAAGUUUCUCCGUCGGCGCGGAGGGACGACGCAGCGCCACCGGCCGCAGCCAGCACUGAUUCCGCUUGCAACUAACUAUACUAAUAAAAUAAACGUGUAAUUGUUCUAAAUAAAACCUUCCUUAGAUUUUCUUUACAUCCAUAUAACUGCUGUGCGUGUUAACUUUGAAUAUUGACGUGACAGCGAUUUGUGAUUUUAAUAGUCUUAAAUCGUUUGCUUUUGUUGUUUUAUUUGAAUAGUUUGAUGAGAGGACGAUUGAAAAUAUUUAUUCAUGUAACUAAGUCGAUCAUUAAUAUGGAGGUUGGAAGUAAGGAGCACCAUUUUGUGUAGGGGACAUGUUUAAAAACUUUCACUUUUUUUAUUUCUUUUUAUUGCCCUUGUAGGCAGACGAGCAUACGGCACACCUGAUGGUGAGUGGUUACCGUCGCCCAUGGACUUCAGCAGUGCCAGGGGCAGAGCCAAGCCGCUUUCUAUUCCUGCCUUUAUUUAAUUCCGAGCAUUUUCCUAUUUAUCUACCUUUUAAACCUUCUUUGGAUUUCCACAAAUAAUCAAAGACCAAAAUUAGCCAAAUCGGUCUCGGUUCUUGAGUUUUAGCGAGACAAACGAACAGCAAUUCAUUUUUAUAUACAUAGAUUGCUUAGAUGAAAAAGAAUAAUAAAAAUAAAAAAAAACUUUAUAAUACACUAUGGUCAUCCUUACUUCUACCCUCCAUAAUCAUGACGAAUACGACUCGACGUCCAAGUGCCGUAUUCAUAGGCAAGUUUUAAUAGACAACCGCUUAGCUUCACAUCGACUGCAAGAACAUAUCUGUUAGUUGUGCGUAGUGUUAUUAUUAUGUGUUUAAUUGUGAAUUCGUGAUUCCAAAAAACAAUUAGUCAGGAUUCGAUCUCAUACAAAGUCUGACAUGAAAGUAACUAAACGACCGAAAUGUGUGUCUCUUUUUUUUUGUCGUAAACUUCCGGUCGUAAUUAGGAAGCUUCUAAAAUCUAGUCAGAGUGAUAUCAAAGCGAAACUACAGAUAGCACAAUAAAAAAAAUCCUACCUAGACUGGUGGUCUUGGGAGACUAUUUCAGCGUAGCCUUGACCAGUAGGUGAGCUCACGGGGCUCAAACCUGACAACAUUACUAACAUUAACCUUAGCAAGAGCUUCAAAAUUUGAGGUCACAUUGUAGAAUACAAUUUAUAAUCGCCAUAUAUUAUAUACAGUGAAUUAUAUUCUGUUUACUGCGUCACGCUGAAGGCAUCAUCAUUAUAUAAACUCGAGCUAUAUUUAUGUAAGUCAAUAAAGAAACGAAUCGAAAAUGGCGUCUAUGUACCUGCACUGACAGAUGGUAGGGUCAACAAAUAAAUAGAAAGAUAGAAAGAAAAAGUUGUUUAUUGUAGAAAAAUAUUUAAAAAAAACAAUGAGAAUGUACUUUACUUUAUGCCCUGGCAGAGGGGGAGGUGUCUCAUCUGGGAUGCAACUUGCGUAGACACUUUUGCUGCAAGUCAUCAAAGUCGCACAACUCGAAAAAAAAACUCGAACUCAACAACAAAGUCAGAACUGAGAUUUUUUUGCAUGCAGUACGCGCCGCGCCGUGUGCGACUAAAGACAGCAAUAGUUUAGAGUGAGAGCGCAUGAUCGCCGCCGCCAUUUUAGAUUCGCUUCUUUAUUGGCGCGGCUUAUACCUACUGUUUAGUUGUGACAGGUCAAAAGAAAAAUAGGCUUUUAGGUUAGAAAUUGGAUGACAGUAAGUUUAAGUUUGUAGUUAAUUCGAUUUUUCGCGAAACGGUUUGCAAAUGAAGACAGCUGUCAGUUAUUUGCGAUUAUACAUCUGUAGCUGAUCGAUGUGCGUAGUUUAAAUCUUAACUUUGUAUAAAAAGCAUUAAAUGUUAAGUCGUAUGUUAAUAUGAACGCAGUCGACUUCUGUAAGUCGGUCCGUCAAACAUGACAUAGGAAAUGUGUGAUUGUUUAUAUUAACAUUAAUUAGUUCUUUGUUUGUUUGUCAUUAGUGUUUAAAGUCGCGUACAGACAUCGCGAGGCGUGCUCGCGAAUGGUUCGUCACGCAAGCCUCAACAUGAGGUAUCCUCCUCCUCGCGUCGUUUUCCUCAUUACUGAUCUGAUCAUAAAACUGCGCUCACUGGACUCUCUGUUGCGAACGCCCUGAGAGAAGCCGAAAACCGAAGCAAAUGGAAGCUGAUGGUACAAAGAGACAUGAAGGGCUUUCAGGGACACGACCUUCAGCAAUGAAGUAUUCGAUUAAGAAGAAGAAGAGAAGGUUGUGACUUCGCUGUAUCAGUUUCUCGUGUACGAUUUCCUUCCAUCUGCUGCGAUCCUUAGCUUCAUGCAGGGCAUUGUGGAAGUUGAUGUUUAGAGAAGAUCGUAUGUGGUCCGACCAUCUCGUGGGUCUGCGUCCUCUGGAACGUUUGCCAUCUACCUUUCCUGUCACCAUCAGCUGUGAUUGUGACCCUUUUUACGGGCAAUAUGUCCGGAGAAUUCCAGCACCCUACGAAGGCAUACAGUGGAAAGUCUAGUUUUGAUAUUAAGCUCUCUCAGAAUGGACACGUUGGUGCGAAAGGCGGUCCAUGGAAUCUGUAGCAUUUUUCUCCAGCUCCACAUUUCAAAGGCGUCUAUUCGGUCUCUGUCUACUCUUUCAGUGUCCCGGUCUCCGCUCCUUAUCUCAAUAUGAAGAAAAUUAUCGAAGUCACCAAUUUGGUUUUAGUUUUGACCUGAGGUAUACAACGGUGCAUUUAUGUAUGCGUCCCGGACGAUACAUGCUCUGAUGAAUGCUCACUGUGAGUACACACGUCCACACAGCGAGAGGCAUGCGAGACGAACCAUUCGCGACACACCCCUCGCGAUGUCUGUACGCGGCUUAAUAUACGGCUUUAUUUGUGUCGGAUUAAUUACAUAGUUUAAUAUUUGUAAUGUAUUUAAGGACAUUCGUUAAAUUUGCUUAGGUUAAGUCGAGGUUAUUAUAAACAAACCUUUAUAAUAAAUUUAAGUAAAUAUAUACUUUUGUUUUUCGCAUGUUACUUACGUAUUUCAAUCCGUGUGAUCUUUUAAAAUAGUACGUCACAAGUUUCACUUUAUUUUAUGACUUCGUAAUUGUACGCGGUGAUUGAGGGCCAUGUAUAAUCAUAGUUAAUCUAUACUUUAGUUGUGAAAUAUUAUCGAAAGGUGAAAAGCUAUUUUAUUUAAGCGACAUUUAUCUUUGUAAUUAAAGGUGCGUUUUAUUUGAUAUUACCAUAAGCAGUUUGAUAUUUUUGAUUGAACUACAAUUAAGUUUACUUCAUUCAAAUAGCCGAAGCAGUUUUUGGAACGAAGUUCCUUAUCGCGCGUUGUGAAAGGGGGCUAGACGGAAAAAAUUCUUACGAAAAGUUGUCACGACACUUUUUAGAUCCGUCAUUCUGACCAAUCAACGUGUAGGCGCUUAUCGCGUGACAUUGCUCGUAUCCGAUUGGUCCGCGUAAUGAGUACAGUUUCUCGAGAUAGCGUUUCAACAAUAGUAAUUUAGUUCAUAGUAUUGUUUUUUUCUUCUUCAUAAUGCCGUAAUUUAUUAUUAUAACUUAAAAAAAAAUUACAGUUCCUUCACUAAUUAAUCGAAAGGAACUUCGUUCCAUCCGGGUGUCCCUUGACACCUCUGAAGUUUUUUUUUUAUUAUAUUUUUUCCAAAUUUUAAUCCUCAAAUGGUUCUUCUGUUGAGUUGCAAAAAUGUCGCAUAAACUAUAUAGUUUCACCCAUCGAGAUGUGAUUUCAAGUUGAGUUAUUUCAAACAAACUGACAAUAGUCGGAAACGAGACGAAUGAAUGAGGUUUGCAAGCUUCCAUUGCCGUUCUUAUUAAAGAAUUACAUUGAAGAUAGCGUGGCACCACAUUCUGCACUCUGUAUAAAAUAUAUUAACUAACAGUUACCAUAUGAAUUCCUAGUCCGUAUAAUGUUAAUUAAGGAAAUGAUUAUGUAAAUUCUGAGCGCGCUUCGUUUAUUGAUAUCGGUGUAAAUUAUCGAUGUUUUAUGUCUUUUUUGUUUUCGUGUGAGUGUUGUUUGUUAGUAUUUAUAAUGGUAUUAAAACGGUCGGGAUUCUGUAAAUAUAUAUACAUACAUAGCAUAUAGCAUUAAGGUUAGGUUAUGGAGGGUUGGAUGGCGGGAAAAGAAACGGAGGAUCGCGUAUUCCAGCUAGAGUGCCAGAGCACGCUAUGAAAUUUAACCGAAAAAGCAUGAUGCUAUUUUUAACGUUUUUGGCGCUUUUUUUUUCUUUGUCACGUCAUUCACGUCUCUAUUGUGUUUCGAGUCUAUGUGUAGGAGUUUACUAUCGUCUAGCUGGAAAUAUAUUGGUGUCGAGCACGGUAUGAAGCUAGGAAAAUUAAUAUUGUAAUGCAAAACGUGUGUUUAGAUAAUAAUUAUAUUAAAAAAAAGAAGAAGAAAAGAAAAUGGAUAUAAAAUCUUAUAGCAUAGACGAAGAGUUUAUUUUUGCUUAAGCAUAAAGUAAAUCUUAAGGGUUUUGAUUGCGAAAGAUAAAUAUUUUUUGUAACGACACCGCGUCGGGUAAUAAUAGUGGUUAUAUUAUGAUAAGCUUUUUGAGCGUAAAACUUGAACAAUUACAUAUAAAAAAAUAAAGUAUAUUUUACAGUAUAUUGAUUGAAUGCGACGUCUGUAGGGCAGUCUUAUAUAGUGCUCAGUAUUGCUCAGUUAACUAACACGGCACUGGAGCUACAUAACCAGCGAAUGAGCCCUACAGGAGUCGUACCUCGUGACCUCACAAUUAUAAGGGUGUUCGAAACACAUAGAGCUUGUAUCACGGUAUAUUUUAGUAUGUUAUGUAGUGCUUGUAUUACGAAGGAGAAUAGUGUGAUUUGUUUAAAAAUGUAUGAAGUAGCCAUUUGAUUUGAUCGGUUAAGAAGAAUUAGGGGUUGCCGUGCACCAGGUGAGAGCCCGCCGAUGUAAAUGUGUGGAGCGCGGGUGAUUUGAUAUCGGAAUGUGUAAUGGUCUUAAAAUUUAGCGGAGUUUGACGAGGCGAAUCGCUCGCGCUAUAGACACUGGUCGGAAUGUCUCGGUGUUUGUAUCAAUUCGUUAAUUAGACAUACGUUAUUCGCGUAAUUCAAGAAUCACUAAGAUAAAAAAAAAAUCCACAAUCACAAUAUCGAUAAGGCGAUGUCACAAGCAGAACGCGUAAAGAGUAACUUAGUGAAGACACGAAAAAAAAAAUGCUUUCGAUUAAAAGCCUUCCGAUUGUUAGAAUCUGUGUUGCUUCACACUUUUAUAAAUAAACACACACACAAGAGCUGUUCUAUUUAUACGUAAAAGUCUAGUGUAAUCACACUAUAACGCUAAGUUAACGAGAUUAGAUUAUUUAUACGUGUUAAUGUAUUAAGGCGGAUUAGGCACGGGAAAUAAGCGCGCGUAAUAAGCGCCGCGACGCGUUAUAACGGGAGCGCUUAAUUUAUUCGGAAUAUGAGCGCGAUCGCUUGGACUGCCUUUAAGCGAGAUAUUUUCUAUAAAUGAAUGUAACGUUGUAUGUACGUAGUAUAUAGAUAGCUUAUUGUUCUAGCUCACUGUUUCGAUGGAAAUCGGGACGAUUUAACGUAAAUACCGCUUUAACAGCUUAAAAGCCUUCAAAAUGUGGCUUUUAAUGAGUAAUAUUUGUGAAACUUAAUAAAGAAUAUUCGUAUUA